CCUACUGGUUUGAUGGACCUUGUCCGCCCGGCCAGGCUGACAGCUCAUUUGCAUAUGCCAUCGGCGUUAAGACAUGGAGCUCACGGCGUUAAGCCGCAUAUAAAGGAAAGCCGCAAUGACUUCAAAAGUCCUUUCGUAACCACUCAGGCGGUCUAAUAGUGUCAGUUCUAUAUCACAACCAUUAGCAAAAUGUCUUUCAUCACGCCGACUGCACCAGUGUCUCCCCUGGGUAGACAUCGUAUCCUCAGCCCCACAGCAGCCGUCCGGGUCUCACCUCUCUGUCUCGGUGCCAUGAACUUUGGAGAGGCUUGGAAGGCUUCCCUCGGCGAAUGUAGUAAAGAGACGGUCUUCGCUAUGCUAGAUUACUUCUACGAGCAAGGCGGCAACUUCAUCGACACUGCCGUCAACUAUCAAUUCGGCGAGAGCGAACAGUGGAUUGGAGAGUGGAUGGAGAAGCGAGACGUUAGAGAUGAGAUGGUGGUUGCAACAAAGUUUACUGGAAUGCAGAUCACGGAGAAGGAGAAGGAAGGCGGUGCAAGGUGCAAGAGUAACUACGGAGGCAACAGCGCGAAGAAUAUGUAUACGAGUAUUGAGCGGUCACUCAAGGCGCUGAGAACGACCUAUGUGGAUAUUUACUAUGUCCACCUCUGGGAUUCAACGGUCUCUAUACCAGAGCUGAUGAAUGCGCUCAACGACCUCGUCAGCUCCCGCAAGGUCCUUUACCUCGGCAUCUCCGACACUCCAGCCUGGAUCGUCGUCAAAGCAAACUGCUAUGCCAGACAACACGGUCUACGCCAAUUCUCAAUCUACCAAGGCCGCUGGUCUGCCGCUGAGCGUUCGUUCGAGCGUGAGAUCAUCCCCAUGGCACUUGAUGAAGGCAUGGCUUUGGCUCCUUGGGGCGCUAUCGGAGGUGGAAGCUUCAAGACAAGGGCGCAAAGAGAAAACCCAGAAGACGGUGGCCGAAAGAUGGAGAUGAUGAUCAUCGGCAAUGAGGAAAAGGUUAGCAACGUUCUCGAGGACAUUGCCAAUGCGAAGAGCCCAGUGCCGCCGAUCACCUCAGUCGCCCUUGCCUAUGUUAUGCACAAGUCGCCGUACGUCUUCCCCAUUGUCGGUGGUCGCAAGAUUUCUCAUCUCGAGGGCAAUACUCAGGCUCUUGGUCUGGUUCUAACGCUGGAGGAGAUCCAGCAGAUUGAUGCAGCGUACGGCUUCGACAUGGGAUUCCCGCACAACUUCCUUAACCCGGAAAACACAGCGAUCAUGGGACCAGAGAACAAUCGGUACGCGAACAGCAUGUGUUUCUUGGAUCAUGUCAAGAGUCUGAAGCCAAUCAUGCCGCACCAGGGGGCAUUGGAUGCUAAGUAAAAGUGAAUUUGUUUUGGAGCCAUGUUAUUAGCAGCAUGUGAGUUAGUGAGUCUGUAUUACAGACACUUUCUCACGAUAUGAAUCGAU